AUGAAAACUUCACUCCAAAACCACCAGGUCAUAUCUGCCGGCUUCAUGAGAAAACGUGAGACUGGCGACGAGCUUCCCAAGAGUGGUAUCCUCGGCGAUUCGAUGGGCCUCGGGAAGACGGUUGUCGCUCUGGCCUGUAUUGUGAACGGUAAGCCUUGCAAGCAACCAGGCUGGACACCCGACCCGGACGGCAACGAUGAGAAUAUGCCCCAAACCACAUUGAUUGUCGUACCAAAUUCCCUUCUUACACAAUGGUUCAACGAAAUCUCACUGCAUUGCGAAGAGGUAUCCAAGAGAUCAGAAUGGGGCAUCGGAUUGAUAAAAGUGUUCAGAGACCGCGACUCCUCGACGACAAGGCCCAAAGAUCUUUACGAUGCCGACAUCGUGCUUACCACAUACUGGGAUGUGCAAAAGAGCCUGCCGAAGGUAGUUUAUCCCAAGGACAUGCCUGAGGAAGACAAGGCCGCACACCUUGAGGAGAACUUCACCAAGAAGCUAGGAUUACUUCAAAAGGUCAGAUUUCACUCUAUCAUACUGGACGAAGGACACACCAUCCGAAAUGCUGCAUCCCAUACAUCUCAGGCCGCGUUCAACCUUCAGGCAAACCAUCGAUGGAUUCUAUCCGGAUCUCCCAUGCUCAAUGGGAGUUUUGACGUCUACUCAUAUGCUUACUUUAUCCGCCACCCCCUGGUAUAUCAAAAAAUGACACUGGAAGCCUGGAAGAGGCUUUACGGGCUGCGAAAACACGACAAGCGGCCAACUCCACUUCCUGAUACUCUGUUGCACUGUAUUCAUCGAUUUACACACUCCGAUGAGCUGUUUGGCGCUCGUCUUGUCACUCUGCCUCCUAUGCAUCAUGGUGUCUUCGAAACGGAAUUUCUUCCUUUUGAAAAGGUGAUCAACAGAAUUAUUGACCGCCGCUUCAAGUUUAUCACCAGAUCAUUGGAUAAGGACGGAAUAGAAGUGAGUGGCAGCAUGAACUUUCUCGCCAUUCUUACGAUGAAGAGGCAGCUCUCUUCUCAUCCGUUGAUCUUACCCACGGAGGUCUGUGACUUUCUGGAGCCUACGGACUUUGAAGAAUUGGAUGAUGUUGAGUACAGCUCUUUCCUAGCUGCCUUCUCGAAGACUACGAAUUUGCACAUCCACAAACAGCGAACUCAAUGUGCUGCAUGCGGACGUCAUGAUGGUCAAGCUCGCAGAGCAUUGCCAUGCAAUCACGUCUACUGCAAGACACAUCUCGAGGACAUGAUGCAUGAACAACAAUCUGCAACACCAGUAUGCAAGAGCCGAGGAUGUGAAAAAGUCAUCCAACGCAGCACACCCACCGAAAUGGCCGAUGUUAGCUUUCCCAAAUGGCAAAAUGAGGACGGGGAAGUCUUUCCCUCUGCCAAGACUCUUGCUGUCAAAUCUCAGAUCCUCAACUUUUGGGAUCGCAAAACGGGGGACCCUACGGCCAAAGUCAUCGUCUUUACGGUCUGGAGAGGCAUGCUGGAGAUCUUGAGCAAGAUCUUUCACUCUGAAGGUUGGGAGCAUACCACGCUUCAUGGAGGUUUGGAUCAGAAGGCGCGCGAUGAGAACAUUGAAAACUUCAAGUCGGAUCCGACUGUCAAGAUCUUGAUUGCGACAUUGACCACAGGCGGCACUGGUCUCAAUCUUACUUGCGCUUCCAAAGCCAUACUGUGUGAACCAUGGUGGCAUUCUGGAGCUGAAGACCAAGCAUUUGGUAGACUGUAUCGUAUUGGCCAGGAGAAAGAAACGACGUUUACCAAGAUAGUCGUCAAGAAUUCUAUCGAUGAGAUGCUCAUGGACAUUCAGAAGAAGAAGAACUUCGACAUCAACCAGGUUCUCUCGGACAAGAAGGGACACCAAAUGCAGCAGCUACAGCGAUAUGCAGCAGAGUGGCUUGAAGACCGCGAAACCUCCUAAUGGCUGCAAGCAUCAGAGCUUGCAAGCAACGAGACGACGAAACGAAAUACUCAACAUUUUGACACAGAAGCUAUGACAGAAACUCACAAAAAUCAUGACAAAAUCAUGAAAACCGACCAGAAUAAAACCCAACAACAACAACAGCAACACUCGACAUGGACGACACGAUACUAAGACCAUGCUACUGGGACACAUGACUUUAAAUUGACACGAAUCAGCAUCAGGUAGGUAAGCUCGAUCACCUGAGCUUUCCCCAAGGAUUUAAGAAACAAGUACAUACCGGUAUCACAAAUCAUAUUUAACUCCCA